AUGGCAGUCAUGAGAGGAGCACGGACGCGCCUCAUACCGAUUACAAUUGCGAUACUACUGCUCUACCUUAUGUUUGUCAUUCUCCCAGGGUUGAAAGAUGUACCGAAAUCGCGCGACUUCACAUACGUCAAGAGUAGCUUCGACUGGUCGACCGUGCCAGAGACUUACCCCAUUCCUGCUUCAGAAUUGACAGCACUACCAAAGGGCAAGUCACGGACACUGCCCAAGGUUCAAUUUGCUUUCCGUCCCGAUACAACCCGGGCCGGUAGAGCACAUGACCUAGACAUCCAGGACCGACAGAAACAAAUCAAGCAUGCAUUUGAAAAGAGCUGGACGAGCUACAAGAACCACGCAUGGAUGUUCGACGAGCUGACACCAGUCUCUGGCGAAGGAAAAAACACGUUCGGCGGCUGGGCUGCCACGCUCGUGGACUCUCUGGACACGCUCUGGAUCAUGGACAUGAAAGCCGACUUUUACGACGCCGUUGCCGCCGUCGCGACCAUAGACUGGUCUGACACGCAAGAAACCGCCUGCAACUUUUUCGAAACGACCAUUCGGCACCUCGGGGGCUUGCUAAGCGCGUAUGACUUGAGCCAAGAAGCCGUGCUGCUCCAGAAAGCGGUCGAGCUUGGUGAUAUGCUGUACAUGGCUUUCGAUACACCAAACCGGAUGCCGCCAUUCUGGCUUGACUUCAACAAGGCGAGGACUGGAACCCUACAUCCAGGAACCCACGAUCCUUCGGCGACUGUGGCGUCUUCACCGCUCGAGUUCACGAGGCUCGCCCAGCUGACUGGGGAGGACAAGUACUACGACGCCAUCGACAGGAUCACGAGACUGCUCGACCAGACCCAGAACUCGACCAAGCUCCCCGGCAUGUGGCCCACAUUCUUCGACAUGGAGAACCUCGUCUUCGACCAGGAGGAAGGGUUUACCCUUGGCGCGUUGGCUGACUCCCUGUAUGAGCUUCUGCCGAAGAUGUACGCGAUCUUGGGUGGGCUGGAACCUGUGUAUGAGAAGUUAUACCGGGACGCCAUGGAUGCGGUGACUGAGCACCUCUUGUUCAGGCCAAUGACACCCGACCAGGCAGAUAUUUUGUUCACGGGCAAUGUCUACGUCAGGAAAAGAGCUGAACUGCAACCCGAAGUCCAGCACUUGGGCUGCUUUGUUGGUGGUAUGUUCGGUCUUGGCGGCAAGCUGCUGGGUCUACCAGAGCAGCUUGAGAUUGGUGAAAAGAUAACAAAAGGUUGCGUCUGGGCAUACGAUGCUAUGCCUGCCGGCAUUAUGCCCGAGAUCAUGGCUGUUAUCCCAUGUCCCACCCUCGCCGCCUGCGAAUGGGACCAAGCCGAGUGGGAGGCUAAAGGCGACCGUUCCCUGCAGAAAGGAAUCGAGAAUGCCCGGGAUCCCAGAUAUAUCCUGCGCCCUGAAGCGAUUGAGAGCGUCUUCCUGAUGUAUCGCAUUACCGGCAAGCAGGAGUACCAAGACAUGGCGUGGCGCAUGUUCCAGUCCAUCAGGAAGGCCACCGAAACCAGUCUUGCGUUCUCGGCCAUCUCGGAUGUGACGGUCAACGGCGGGGCUGCGCAGAAGGACGACUCUAUGGAGAGCUUCUGGCUUUCUGAGACGCUCAAAUACUUCUACCUGAUCUUCUCGCCGCCUGGGCUGAUCAGCUUGGAUGAGUAUGUGCUCAACACCGAAGCUCACCCCCUGAAGCGUCCUUGA